CAGAAUUCAAUAUAUCUUAAUGGUAACCGGUUGUGCAGUAUUGCCCAGCACUUUGAACUCUCUAGACGUGUGCUAUACAGUUACUAAAUAUUGUCAGUACAUUUUACACGAUGAUGCUGCGUGGGAUUUGUAAUAACAAGUGGUCGGUCAAAUCGAUUUCGACAAAAUCAUACAAUGUUAUUACUGGGUCGGUGCCUACAUAAAAACGUAUGGCGUGCAUACAACAUUCAACAAUAUAUAAUAUCAUGCUUAAAAUCGGUUUAAUGUUUAAAAUAUUUAGCCAGAGGGCAGCGUGUUGUAAAUUGUAAUUUAUAAAUCAUUGGUUAAUGAAGUUUUGACGGACACAUUUGGGAGAAAACAUAAUUAUCUUCGAGUGUCGCUGACUGAACGUUGUAAUCUUAGAUGUGAAUAUUGUAUGCCACUUAAAGGUGCAAAGCUGUCAGAACAGUCGAAGUUGCUUUCAAAUGACGAAAUAGUCCGUUUAGUAUCAUUAUUUGCCAACCAAGGGGUUGAUAAAAUUCGAAUUACAGGUGGAGAACCUACAGUGAAAAAGGAUAUCAUUCAUAUAGUUGAAUCACUCAGAAGUAUCAAAAAACUCAAAACGAUUGCGAUGACCACGAAUGGUUUGACUCUAACCAAACAUUUGGUGGACCUCCAACGAGCUGGGUUGAACGCACUAAACGUUAGUUUAGAUUCUUUGCAACAAAAUACGUAUGGAAACAUCACUAGAAGAGACGGUCGAUUGUUGAAAAGAGUUUUGGCAGGCAUCGAUUUGGCAUUGCAAUUGGGAUUCAGUCCAGUAAAGGUGAACUGUGUAUUGAUGAAAGGAGUAAAUUUCGACGAAUUAGGUGAUUUUGUUGAAAUGACCAGAGACAGAAAAAUCAAUUAUCGGUUUAUCGAAUUCAUGCCAUUUUCGAUGAAUGAUUGGGAAGAAAACCGAAUGGUACCUUAUAAAGAAGCAAUCCGAGAGAUCAUGAAGUCACAUCCAAAUUUUGAACCGUGUGAUAACGAACCGAAUUCAACUUCAAAAAUGUAUCGAGUGCCAGGAUUUGCAGGCAGCAUUGGUUUCAUAUCGUCCAUGACCGAUGAUUAUUGCGAUAGUUGUAACCGACUCAGAUUAAUGGCUGACGGAAAUCUAAAGGCAUGCUUGUUUCAAAACAACGAAAUCAGUUUGAGGGAUCCACUUCGGGAAGGAGCUUCAGAUGAAGAACUAUUGGACAUCAUAUCAAAUGCAGUCAAAGACAAAAAGCGGAAACAUGCUGUCGCUGAUCGGACAAAAUCGGUGUCCACUGUGAUCCGCGGAGGCCGCCUCGUCAAUAACGUUUGUACGGCUUCCCACAGCGGCCGACUCGCCAGAAACGUUCGUACGGCCACCAGUGACGGCUUUGUUGCCAGAAACGUUUGUAAAGCAUCCAGCGGUGGCCGUCAAGCUAGACACUUUUGUACGGGUAGCCACGGCGGCAAUGACGACGAGCCACGCCUGACGCACGUGGACAGGCGGUCGGGGGACGCGCGCAUGGUGGACGUUUCGGGAAAACGUGAAACUCGGCGGACGGCCACGGCGGUGGCUCAGGUCCGGUUGGACGCGACGGCCACCCGGCUAAUUGCAGAGGACGCGUGCAAGAAGGGUGACGUGCUGUCCGUGGCCAGGCUGGCGGGAAUAUGUGCGGCUAAGGUCACGUGGCAGCUCAUACCGCUGUGCCACCAGAUCCGACUGGACUCCGUGACGGUGGACGCCCGGCUAGACGAGCGCCGUGGCCGCGUCCACAUAACGGCCACGGCCGUCAGCACCGACCGGACGGGUGUCGAGAUGGAGUGCCUGACGGCGUGCUCAGUGACAGCACUCACGGUUUACGACAUGUGCAAAGCUGUCAGCCGAGACACGGUCAUCGAACACGUCAAGCUCUUGUCCAAGACGGGUGGCAAAACCGAUUAUCGAGCAAAGGACGACGACGAUGAUUAGCGCUAACGAUCGAAUAUUAUAAAGGAUUCAUAAUAUGCGAUUACGUUCACUUCAAGACUUGUUUUUUGCAUAUACCUACAUUUUAUGUUACAUUACAGUAAUCAGAUAUUGGUUGAUGCAGGCCGAUUUUUUAUGACGCGAGUAAUAUUUUGUGAUAUAAAUAUUUCAUAAUUUGGUAGGUAGAUACGUAUUAUAGUUUAUAGUUUAAAAUGUACAGAUUUUCUAAUAGAAAAUUCAAAAAAUAUCUUAUGAUAGCUUUUAAAAACCUGCCAAGUCUGUACAUCAACGUAACAACCGACAACUGCGUAUAGGUAACAGCGUUCUAAACACACAAACAAGUGAAACAUAAAUAAACAUAAUUACAUUUUGACAGGUAUCUAUUUGAAGUAAUUUACUUGUUGCAACAUAAAAAUUUCGAUUUUUUAAGCUACCUAUUACCUUCUUGUACAGUUGUAUUGAUUGAGUUGUAAAAAAAGUUAUUAAAAAUGAACGAAUAUUUAGACUUAAAAAUAAAGGUAAAAACUAUAUUUCAAGUAUAAACACCACAAGUACUUUGGAACUCUUUUAGUAUAUUAUACAUUAAAUUAAGAAAAUCGAAAUAGGUAUAAUUAAUGCGUCAUAAUAUUACAGCACUUCAUUUUAUGUUUAUAUAUAUUAAGUUUAUUUGCUUACAGUUUAUUACAUAAUAUAUAUAUGGUAUUAUAAAUAUAGAAUAUUAUAUCACUUGGGCCUAUAUUAUUAUAAUGGGUUUGUUUGGCAUUAAUUCUACGAAGUUAAUAUAUAUAAAUAUAUAUAUUAAAAAUGUUGUUUCGAAAUGGUAACUAUGAGUUGUACAUGAUUUACAUUCAUAUAUAUAUGUAUGUAUGUAUUAUUAUCGAAUAGCCCGAAAUAUACAAUAUAAUAAUAUUAUUUAACUUAUAAAUUAUAAUACUUAAUCA